GCCGUAUUCCCAUGUAACAGAUUAUAUUCGGAUAAAAGUUAUCAGUGGCGAAUAACGCAACACUUAUCUUCUUCACUUCGACAGACAAAUCCUCUGCUUCUGCUUCCGACGAUGGCGUCAAUGGCGCUCGCCGUUACAUCAAUCCCGAUGGUUUCCAACUCUCUCUCCUUCUCUCGUUCCCCAUCCGUAACCUCCGUCCCCCUUUCUCACUCCUCUUCCUCAAUCUCUCUCUCAGCUCUUGAAACCUCCCCAAUUUCACCCCUCAUUUAUUGUGGAAGAGGUGACAAGAAGACUGCCAAGGGAAAACGAUUCAAUCAUUCGUUUGGGAAUGCAAGACCAAGGAACAAGAAGAAGGGGAGAGGGCCACCAAGGGUGCCGGUUCCACCAGCUCCACCAAGGAAGGACAAAUAUGACGACGGUGAGGUUGUGAAGAUUGAGAUAGAUGAGUCACUGUUUUCAAACUAAUCAUCUUGUUGUCUGAUUUUCAUGUUUUUGUGUUGUAUGUUUUAAUCUCUGUUUGGAGGAGAAUUGAAUUGUUAUCAUGUUUUGCCUGUUCUUACUAGUGAAAUUUGUGUAAUUUGAAAUUGUGUUGUUUAUUUGUAACAGUCUACAGAAUGUUACAAGUUAUGAUUGUAAUAUUUGUGCUGUUACAAAGAAAUGUAAUUGAUAUAAUUCUUUAAAAGUGAAAUGUUUGCAUAAAGUUAAAUUA